AUGUAUGAAAAUAAACAGGGCAGCGCAUAUUUAAAAGCACGUGAAUGCUGGCCGGGGGGACACCGCAUCCUCCGCAACCCCCGCAGGAGCACCAGCUUCGACUCCCUGGAGCUGCAGCGAGCGGCCAGCCAGGACCUGGUGUGUGACCACUCCUUGCCACCGGCGUGGUACCGCCUCAUGCUCGGCCAGCGGCCCGUGGAAAUGCCCACCAGAUGUGUCGAGAUGAACAAAUGCGGGACACAAGCUCCGGUGUGGCUGUCCCUGAAGUCUGAAUCCCUGCCAGCUCCUGGGGAGAUCAAGAGGCUGACGGGCUGUGCCACCUGGCAGGUUUUUGGGGGCACCAGGGACUGCUGCCUGUUCCGCAUCCCCAUCGCCGUCAGGAACUGCGGCGCUUUCUUUGUGUAUCUCCUGCAGCCCACCCCAGGAUGCAUGGGCUACUGUGCAGAAGACAAGUCCACGAGCCUGGCUUUGCAACCGGUGAUCGCUCCCGAGCUUGUGCAGGGCCGAGUCCACCUCAAGUGCAGCUACAGCCCCGCUGCUCCCGAGGUCCCAGCCCAGUUCAGGGUGCUCUGGUCUCGCCUCUCCAGCCCUGGCAAGAGGGAGCAGAUCCACCAGGAGACAACCCUGCAGUCGUUCUCCUACGUGGAGAUGGACGGCGCCAAUCUCCGCCUGGGAGACACGGUCUUUUGCACCGUCACAGCUUUUAGGAGGGGCACUCCUGAGCAGCAGUCACUGCCUGAGGACAGCAAAGGUUUCUAUGCUGGGAUUAAGUUUUUACCAGAGUCACUAGAAAUUGCAGAGGAUGGCAAGGAGCAUGUUUUGACUGUCCUGAGCACGGUGCCCAUUGCCUGUCCUGGGCAGGAUGAUUCCUGUAAAAUGACUUUGCAGCUAAGUACUGAGGACUUGGGCAGGCAGGUCCCAGGGCCCCCAGACAUCGCCCUCUCAGCCUGCCAGGUGGAUCUGCUGCCGGAGCCCUGCUCGGGGAGCAGCUGUGCAGCAGCCACGGUGACGGUGACAGCCGUGAUGGACUUUGCGCAGGACGGGAACCGCGUCAGCAGCAUCCGAGCCCACCCAGAUGCACCAAGGGAUUUGCUCUGGAGGGAUUACACACCCAGGGAUGUGAAGGUCACAGUUCGAGACCUCCCAACAGGGAACUGCUACUCUUUCACUGAUCCACACAUUAUCACAUUUGAUGGAUGGCGCUACGACAGCCACAAAAUCGGGACGUUCCUGCUGUGCCGCAGCGAGUCGCGGGCGUUCGAGGUGCACGUCCGGCAGUGGGAUUGUGGUGGCCACCGCUCCGCCACCGCCUGCAACUGCGGGGUAGCUGCACGAGAAGGGGGUGACACCGUGGUGCUGGACACCUGCAAUGGCCACUUUCAGGACAGCAGGCCCCAGCUGACCAUCAAAAGCACCGAGACAUCGCCACAAGUCAAGAUCCUGAAGUCAUAUGGAGGCAGGAAAAUAACAAUCGUGUUCCCUUCGGGAGCAUUUGUUCGAGCGGACCUGAGCGAGUGGGGAAUGGGUGUGACAGUGAGGACACCGGGCAGGGACUUCAACAGCACCCGGGGCUUGUGUGGCCUCUUUGAUGGGACGGCUCACAACGACCUCAACAACGUGCCCGAGGAAGACUUCAUAGAGGAGUGGAGGUACAAAGCCAGAGACCCCAGCCAGGAGAUGCUCCCAGCAGUGUUCCACAUGGCCUUGAUGGCCAUCAUCGACAUCCUAAUAAUGGGAAUUCCUCCAGGGAAGAGUUUAUUUGACAAGACUCCAGCACCCUCUGAGAGGAAGCAAAGGAAAAGUUUCUGCAGAUGCCAGAAGGGGAGCACCAAGCCUGUCCCCAUGGUAGACACAAAAAAUGCCUUUCAGACGCCUUCCCCUGAGCUCUCUGGUUGCCACGAUGACCAUGUGGACCACAGCUUUGCAAUCCCAUACCUGGAUGUUACAUCUGAGUUUGUCACUCACACAGUAACGGGGCCAACUUUGAGAAAAGAUGCCGAACCACUGCCCAAGACUUUUGGUCAAAGAUAUUUUUCUAAAUCAGUCCAAAAGCGCAGAAGCCCCGAGGUCCCACUAAAGCCCCUCCCACAUGUUUCCAUGAAUAGCAACAGUUCCAUCAACUCUACCAAGCUAACAGGAGACCUAAGGAAAGCAAAGAGGCAAGACAAGUAUUUUAAAUACUCAUCCUUUCACCCACUGCAUGGCCCUGCCCAGAGACACUCAGAGAGCUUUGCCUAUUUUUUCCCCGAGGACUACUUUGAAGGAGAUCGGAUGAAAUUUCCACUGUCAUGGCCCACUCCCAAUGGCCUGACUGUCACCAAAGCUCAGGAGAUUUGCCACCAAAUUCUUGCAAAUUCCACCAUUGGCUUGGCAUGUAAAGGCCUCCUGGCAAAACACCUGGAUGAGGCAAUUGAUAUUUGCCUACUGGACCUGCAGCUCAAAGAUGAUGUGGCUUGGGUGAGCGCACUGAUAGCCCUUUUGGAAAAUGAGUGUGAAAGGAGAGUGCUGGGGAGCAGGAAGGGAGAGUUCCCAGUUGGAAACCAGCCAUCUGCUUCCUGGGAGGAGAUCCUGGCUGCUCUCCGGUGUCCCGCGCUCUGCAGCGGCCGCGGGCGCUGCACGGAGCUGGGCUGCUGGUGCCAUGGAGGGCACGGCUCCUACGACUGCAGCUCUGCCAAAAAGCAAGCUUUGGAAAUCACAGCCUUGGAGAACGGGGGUCUCUGCGACGUCCGAGCCUCGGACUGCAGCAGGAUCCGGGCGUUUGGCCUCGGGUUCAGAGAGUCUCCCAGCCUGCACUGCCAGGUCACCAGGCUAAUCCAUCUCAAUGGAGAAUGGAUGUCAAGAGAAGAAGAAAGCACAAAAGCAGAUUUUCUGAGCUCUGAGGCUGUUGACUGCCAGAUCCCCCUCCUGAACAUCACAGAGGCUGUGCACUUCGUGGCUGGUGACGAGCCGUUGGCAAGAUGGCAAGUGAAAAUCACUAACGAUGGCUUGCAGUACAGCAAUUCCCGCGUGCUGACCCUGUACGACGCGCUCUGCCAGCUCUGCCAAUUCCACCCCACCGGACUUUGUAAAUUAAAGGAAAAUACGUGCAAUAUAGAUGGACUUUGCUAUGGUGAAGGAGAGUCAAGCCCUACAAGCCCUUGUCUUCUCUGUGAACCUGGCAUUUCUAAGUUCACCUGGUCUGUUAAUGAAAACAACCUGCCUCCUGUGUUCCAGGCCCCCUCCAGCCAGCUGCUGACAUUUAUUGGUGAGAAUUUUGUUUACCAGCUAAUAGCAGUGGAUCCAGAAGGGUCAGCUGUGCUAUUCAUCUUGGAGGCUGGGCCACGGGGCGCCAGGCUCUCUCCUGCUGGCCUGCUCCUCUGGAAGGUUGAGUCAGAAGAAAUGCAGACCUUUGAAUUCACUGUGUCAGAUGAGUGCAAUGCACAGAGCAGAUACUCUGUUGAGGUUGGAGUGAAGCCCUGCAGCUGCCUCAAUGGUGGAACAUGUGUCACCAACAUUAAAUACCCUCCAGGCCUUGGUGAAUACCUGUGCUUGUGUCCAAAUGGAUUUGAUGGAGAAUUCUGCCAGGAUGACAUCAGGGACUGCAAAUCAAACCCCUGUGGCAGCGGAACCUGCGUGGACAGCGUGGGGAGCUACUUUUGCAAAUGCCCCCCUGGUUUGGGAGCUGUGCUUGCUGCUGAUGUUACAGAAGCUUUAAGCAGUGGCAAAGGUGAAUUGAACAGGACUGAGGUUAAGCUGCCACUGCAAUCCUCAGAGACAAAGGAUUCUCCUGUAAUUAAGAAUUUUAACAUAAGUGAUAGACACGGAGCCGUGGCUCACAGCUGUGCCAGCCGGCCGUGCUUCCCCGGAGCGCCGUGCUUCGACCGCAAGCCGCCCUACGUUGGGUACCUCUGUGGCCGCUGCCCUGCUGGCUUUUUUGGAAAUGGUCGGAGCUGUACCAAAGUCCCUAGAGCAGCGCAGUGUGAGCCCCCGUGUGAGCAUGGAGGAACGUGCCUGCCUCACAACACCUGCUCUUGUGCUUAUGGAUUUGUAGGGCCUCGGUGUGAAACAAUGGUGUGCAGCAGGCACUGUCACAACGGGGGGGUGUGUGUGUCACCAGAUGAGUGCCAGUGCAGGCACGGGUGGAGCAGCCCCUCUUGUGAGACAGCUGUGUGCAAUCCUGUGUGCCUGAAUGGAGGAGUCUGUGUACGGCCAAACACGUGCUCGUGUCCUUCUGGUUUCUAUGGGCCACAGUGCCAGAGAGCUCUUUGCAUUCCCCCCUGUAAGAAUGGUGGUCACUGUGUCCGGACCAAUGUCUGCUCCUGUGCCGAGGGCUAUGCUGGAAGAAGGUGCCAGAAAAGUGUCUGUGAGCCCACGUGCAUGAACGGGGGGAGAUGUGUGCACCCCAAUGUCUGUGACUGCCUGUCUGGCUGGAGGGGAAGGCACUGCAGCAAACCUGUGUGUCUGCAGAGGUGCCUCCAUGGAGGGGAGUGUGUCGCCCCCAACGCCUGCCAGUGCUCCGGAGGAUGGGUGGGAACGCUGUGCCAGACCCCUCUCAAUAGGAUGAAGAGAGCAGCAGGACAAUGAAGACAAUCAUUUGGGUAUUGAUAAUCUGACUGAGCACGUUUUUCAUUUGGGAAGAUGCAGUGUGAAGAAAUUGCUAGCUCUCUCCCUUUUAUCCUUACAUAAUCAUACAGAAGAAUGAAGAAAAAAGCCAAAAUCUUUCUUUUAUGUCAAUAAAGCAACAUUUAUUUUCAAAUCUGUCCAUGGCAAGACUCAAAUUUAUGAUCUGUGGCUGCAGUGACACCAUCACAACUGCUCCAGACAAGAUUUUACAAGGGUACAGACCAUUUUGC